CUGGUGGUGUGGCCCCGCGGAUCGUCGUUCCCGGGGGUGGCCGAGCGGAAACCCGCCUCCGAGCCGUCAGGGCGCUGGAGAUGCGCCUCACCCUUCCCAACAACGGCAAGCCGCGGCCCAUCCGUAAUUAACAAUUAGCUGGUCCCCAGUCAUCCCCCGAACAAGCACUGUCCCAUGCACGCCGACCCCCCGCCGGCAGCCAACGGCUUCUCCCGCGGUGCUGGCGUGCGGGUCGCUUAAGCCAUGGGGAAUGGGAUGAACAAGAUUCUUCCUGGCUUGUUCAUUGGCAACUUUAAAGAUGCCCGAGAUGUAGAGCAAUUGAGUAAGAAUAACAUCACACACAUUCUUUCAAUCCAUGACAGUGCCCGCCCUAUGCUCGAGGGAGUGAAGUAUCUCUGCAUUCCUGCUGCUGACUCACCCUCACAGAACUUGGCAAGACAUUUCAGAGAGAGCAUCAAAUUUAUCCAUGAGUGCCGACUUACAGGUGAAGGCUGCCUAGUUCAUUGCCUUGCAGGUGUCUCCAGGAGUGUAACACUGGUAGUUGCCUACAUCAUGACCAUCACAGACUUUGGUUGGGAAGAUGCACUGUCUGUUGUCCGUGCAGCCAGAUCCUGUGCCAAUCCUAACAUGGGCUUCCAGAGGCAGCUACAGGACUUUGAAAAACAUGAUGUACACCAGUUCAGGCAGUGGCUGAAAGAAGAAUAUGGUGAAAACUCUUCUCAGGAUCUGCAAGAAGCCAAAAAUCUUCUGAGUAAAUAUAAAGAGCAGGCGGAAUUGCAUCAGAAUACUGGGGGAAGACAGUGGAAUAACAACUUCUCAUCUGUGCCAUCCCUCUCGUACAGCAACUACACAACAGAGACCUAAUCAUAGAAGGUUGAUCUUUUCAACCUUUGAAAAACACCUUGCCAUAAUUUCCAUCCCAUCUUCAAGAUGCUCAGUAGUAGUCAUGCAAACAGUUGAUUUUUAGAAAGCUUCUUGAUGAAAAUACUACAUUCUGCGUGUGCGUGCGUGUGUGUGUAUGAGUGUGUUUGACACAGUUUUAUUAAAAGUUGGGCAGGAUCAUGCUCUCUGUGUGCCCAGAGACAUGGUCCAGUUCCUGUGGCUGUGCCAGUCUAUCAGCCAGUCACAGCUAUUAUCCCUUUAUGCCCACAUUGCCUAGCAUUUGCUGUGAGGUUAGCUCAACUCCUUUCAUUGUAGGCUAGCAAAGGGCUCUGAGAGAUGAAGUCUGGUGAUUCAAGCUGUGGCAGUUUGACAUCUUUGCACUGUUUUUUAGUGUGGCUAAGAUGGUUUUGUACCUGAAGGAGGGAACUCAGGUGUCUGUCUUUGGUGCUCCUGUUGGGGGGGUAGGAUUGAACUUUAAUGCUGAGCUUUAAGCUGAAGCAAGGGAGGAAGGUACCCUUCUACCAACAGUAGCAUCUAGGAGAGAAGUUGGACAGACAGCACUGAGUAAUAAUUUCAGCUGCCACAGUUUUACUUGGUUCAGUGCACGUGAGACAGAGCUGUCGCCAGAACUGCCACAGACUGAGAGCACCGAGACUGUGACCGCAGCUCAGCUGAUGUGCAGUGAUUUUAAGCCGUGGUCCCUUGGUUGUGCAUCUGGUCUCCCAACAUAGGCUUCUCUGGAGAAUAGUUUUAUCAGGUCUCCAGUGCCACUGAACUUCAUUCCCCAUGGAACACGUGCCUCUUCAACACACGCCCUGCGCACACGAUGUCUCCAAAGAGUGGGCUCGGUGUGAGUGCAAGCACCUCCUUCUUUGCUUGUGCUGUGGUUUGCUCUUUGACUUCAGCUACCUCAAAUGCUGUUCUUGUCAUUGUGGUUGUAAAUGCAACCUUGAAAAUUGCCUUGUGUAAUCUUAAUCUGAAACUGAGUGAAGCAAGUUGGAUGUGUGUGUGUGUGUGCAAAGGAGAGCGUGUGUGCACGUAUAUUUCACAAAUGUCUGAGAAGUUUAUUGUGUUCUUUCAGGAUUGCCCACAUUUCUCACCUUUUAAAAAACUGAAUCGUUUCAGCCUUCUGCCACUUUAAAAGCCACUACAUAUUUUGCUGUGAUCAGGUUUGUAGGAAUGCAUUUGUAAAAUAUAUUUUGAACUAGGUUAAAACUAGGGGCCAUGCUCUGCUCUUGGUAACAUGGUGUGUUUCUGGAAUGGAGCCAUUGCCUGACUCAAGUCUACUCUAAGUGUAACUUAUGUCCCCAUUUUUGAUGGUGUCAUGGGGGGUGGCACCAGUGCAGAGACUCUGAUUUCUUGUCUUUGACUCAGAGGAUGGAAGGCCUUGUGAAGAGGUUUCUUGUGAAGAUUGCAAUAAAUGAAAAAUGCCUUCCAAACAGCCAGGAUACAUAACAAACAACAACAAAACCAACCUCCAGUUUGCUUAAGCGUGAUAUAAAUCAUGCUAAAAGCUGAGCACUGGUUGACAAGCAGUCAGCAUAUUAAAUAGACUGUUGUGUCUUUUGAUUAUUUUAGUACUCUUCCAUCCCUUCACAAGAUUCCUUUUCAUGUGAUUUCCUGCUUGCUUUUGGUGGCAGUGAAUUCCCUGGAUUGGAACAAGGCUUUUUGGCAGCAAGGAAACUCUGGCUGUUAAAUAUCUGUUGUUAAGUAUCUUCAAAAAAUGUAUAGUUUGGCUUGUGAAAUGUGGAUCUAGUAUAUCAAUAAUUGCCAAAAAUUAUAAAAGGGAAUGGGAUGAAACUGGCCUGACUACUUCAUCUGAGUCUAAGUCUGCAUCAGGGUGUCAUUGCACUAAGUGCUUUAAAUGUACUGAACACAGCGAGGUAAUCAUGUCUGUGUUGAAGUAAGGGAUGCUGCUGGAUUUGGGGAAGGUGCUGGAACUGACUUUGUUUUCAAACUUGUAGCUAAAUGAACCACUACUUGUUUGGUAUAACCAUCCAACUUCUCUGUGUUUGCAUGUUAGGAGAAGCAUUUAGCCCUUCUUGAAGGUGUUGAUCUGCAACUAAUUGGCUCUUUAGGAAUUCCAGCACAGCAUUGCCCUCCUUGGCAGGGGGAUGUGCUGAUGUGGAUGUGGUAACUGGAAAACCCUUUCCCCAGUAACAGGGUCUGCCACACAUUCAGGAUGCUGAUCCAGUUCUUCAACCCUCUACUCAUAACAGGGCAUGUGCAGCUUGUCCCACCUGUGCUGUUGCAGGUAUCCAGUCAGUCCAUCCUGGAGCUGAUUCCCAUCACUCCAGGUAUGCCAGAACACUUCUGGCACUCCUGUCCUUUCAGUUGUAACCCUUUGAGUGCUGGUAAGUUGGCAAUUCCUUUGUUCUGAGAAAUAGAAGACAGAAUGGGAGACGUCUGUUAACGUGCGUGUGUCCAAGAUUAUUCUGUACUGGAUUUUUUUGUAGUUUGGCUAUUCCCAAAGAGUCAGUCCUGCAAAUAGGAUUUGUUUAGAACUGACUUUGGCUUUAAGGCCAUAUAGCUGCAUUAAUAAGCAUUAUACUGCAGCUUGAAAGCAGAUAACAGGGUAAAUCAGGAAGACAGAGGGGCUGCCGUAUUAUCAGCAAGUGGAAAUACUUCUCUCUUUAAAAGUCAGAAGAGGUACUUUCUGUAGUCUCUUCUACAUCUUGUUUAGUGGUCUCUUUCUACUAUACACUGUUGUUUUAGAGUGGUAAAAAACAAUGGCAGUGUAAGAAAACUCAGAUCUGGUUUGUCCAACAUAGAGAGCAGGAUGAUAGUUUACUCAUUUAUUACCCCAAGGUGCAGAAAAGAGGUUAGCUACAGAUCCCACCUUUGGCCUUUUAGAAUGGGAGAGGAGCUAACACAGACUGAGAACAUGACAUGAUUUGUCUUCCAACCAGCCUUCUAGAGGCAAUUUGUAGGACUUCCCAGCUAUCUGGAACAUGACCAGAUCCCAGUCCUCCUCUUAGUAGUUGGCAUUCAUAUUGUAGAUGAUACAUUCAGUUAUUUUGUUUCUGUACUUCAUAACACUGUCCUCAUUUUGAUGUUCACUGGAAAACAUAAAGUUUGUAACACCUUACUGGAUAUCCAGAUUUAAAAUAUACAAUCGAUUUGAUUUGGCUAAACUCGAUAUCCAUGUGUAAUUAUAAGCAGAUGUUUAGUGUUAUACAAUGUAGGUAAUGGGUAAAUGCAUUAGUAUUUAUUACCCUGAUUUUUAAGCUGGAAAGAGUUGCUUCCUUACAUUUUUGAGUGGGAAGAUAUGGCAAAUCGUAUCUCUGUUUUUUAAAAAGGACAGUAAUAAUGCUGGUUGCUAUGAUUGCCACUGCCUAUAAAGAAGUCAGUGGAAAAUUAUAGUAAUUACUUCAGCUAGUUUAAAAACUCUAAACAUGGUAAGCUUCUUGAUUCUCUGUCUUCCUCUUCCUGGGCAUCUUAGCGAAGCCUUGAUUGCUUUUUCCAAAUGUUUGUAUUUAAUAUGUUCUACAGUUUUUUUAUAAAUAAAAGUAAAUGUUAACACCUGA